AUGGACAAAAUUAAUCUUGAUGACCCCCCCACGAAAUCGACAUCUUACACGCAUAGUCUCAAUUCUCCACAAUUAACACCUGGCACACCUAAAGAAACACAUUUUAAUCAUGAAUAUAUCAUCAGCUCUCUCAGAGAGGUCAAUGAUACUUACAGAAAUCUUAAUAAUGAUUUGAAUCGCACGGUAUUGCAGUUACAAAGUCAAAUAGUAGCCGCUGAAAAGGAAAAGAGAAUACAAUCUUUAGAACUUCAUAAAGCUAAUAUUACAAUGGAAAUUUUUAAAAAGGAAAAGGAUUCAUUGAAAGAAAAAGUGGAAACCUUAACAAAUGAAAUCAAAUCAGUAAAGAAUCGAAAUGAUUUUCUUACAAAGGAAGUAGAAAAAUUACAAGAUCAUAUCGAACAAUUAAUUUCAGCUAAUGCUACCGAUGAUAAUUCCUUAGACGAUUUUGACCAUACAAUUAAAAUUUUUCAUUAUUUGAAAAAUACUCCAUGCUUGAAAUUCUUUUAA